GACUCCGAGCCUGGUUGCCCCGGUAACGAGACGACUCCCAGGUAUAACUCGGUUUUUAGAUCAAUUUAACGGUUUUACACAGAUAUUUCGGGUCAGUUCAACAAGUCAAUAAUGUCCAGAAAAAAACAGCCGAAGGAUAGAGUAGUCCAAGAAGUCGAGGAAUUGCCGAAAGUCACAGAUACAAAAAGUCAGCAACCUCCUGAGCCAUUACCAGUGCAGACCUUUGAUGAUUAUCACUGCACAGGAAAUGUGGAGGUUGACUUCCCUAUGCUUUGUUCUCUUCUAAAUAUGAAGGAAGUCCCACCAGUCAUACGUCAAAUCCCAUCGGCUGUUGAGUCUGAAGUCACCUUUAAAGAAGAUGAAGAUUCAAAGAUAGCUGCCUCACCUUUGAGGGGUACUCCAUGUUUAUGCAUUGAGCUGGAAAAUGAUGACCCCCAUUGUACUAGGAAGAUGAAGAUUUCUGGAUGGAAGGUCAACUAUAAGAUCUUCAAAGCAGUACUGAAGAUGCUCCCAGCCAUGACCACCCUACAGUGUCUUCACUUUUGGCAGGCCGCUCUGUCAGAUCCAAUGGUAAUCUCCCUCGCAAACACGUCUCUGGGCUCCAACCUUAGAGCUGUGACACUGGAGGGUAAUCCGCUUCUACAGCAUAGCUUCCACGUCCUGCUCUCUGAAGACAGCAACAUCAGCCACUUGUCACUGCGGAAUAAUCGGAUCGGAGAAGAGGGGGCUCGUCUGAUAGGUUUGGCUCUCUCGACCAGUAAAUCUGCUAACAAGAACCUCCUGUCACUCAACCUGGCAUUCAACAAUAUCGGGGAUGCAGGUGCCAUGCAUAUUGCGAAGGGCCUGAGGCUGAAUAAUACUUUAGUCAUUCUAUCGCUGGCCAACAAUAACAUUGGAGACGCAGGAGCUGCCCAUCUGGCUAUGACACUCGGGGAGUUAACUCUACAACAUGAGGAGAUUGUGGAAAGAAGAAGGAUGAUGCUGCACAAAAUACAGUCUUCUCUCAGGGCAGAUCUGGAGCAAACAUCUGGCAGCCAUCUUUCUGCCAUACACAGCGCUUCAAGCAAAGGGGAGACCAAGAGCUCAAACAAAAAAAAGAAUAAAGCUGCAAAAAAAGAGGAAAAAACAGUCGAUACCAAAGUCAAGAAGGGUCUGGACGGAAAAAGACCUCAAAGCAGAAAUGUGAAGUCUGGAGGCAAAGAAAAGAUGUCGUCUCCUCUAGAGGAUAAAUCAAGUUGUGCCCUCAUUGAGGGAGAAGCUCUGGAUACAGGAAACCCCCUGCUGGUGCAGUCUGUGCAUCGCAGGGACGGCGUGCUCUACAUGCCUGGAAACACAACGCUCACCUCGCUCAAUCUAGCAGGGAACAAAAUUACAGAGAAGUCUCUGCCUCUGUUCCUGGCAUCUCUGGAAAGGCAGGAGGAUAUGGGAGGAAACUUGCAGCGUCUCGUUCUGCAGAGAAACCUCUUCCCUGCAGACGCUGAGUGUUACAUAAAGAUAAAAGAAAUGAAGGCCCUGGCCGAUCCUCUGGUCGAACAGAACUCUGGACCAACAGAAGAGGAGCCAAAGGAAACGUAGUGCUCAACAAAUCUGACAAAGAAAUAAAUGUUACAGUACUACUUU